AUGGAGGCUUCAGUAGCAAGCAUUAACUUUUCGAAGGCUUCAGGCGUCGAAGGGUACAGCCCUCCAAAGGUACAGACCUCCAAGGGUACAGACCUCCAAGGGUACAGACCUCCAAGGGUACAGACCUCCAAGGGUACAGACCUCCAAGGGUACAGAUCUCCAAGACUACAGCCCUCCAAGGGUACAGCCCUCCAAGGGUACAGAUCUCCAAGACUACAGCCCUCCAAGACUACAACCCUCCAAGACUACAGCCCUCCAAGACUACAACCCUCCAAGACUACAGCCCUCCAAGACUACAACCCUCCAAGGCUACAGCCCUCCAAGACUACAACCCUCCAAGACUACAGCCCUCCAAGGCUACAGCCCUCCAAGGCUACAGCCCUCCAAGGCUACAGCCCUCCAAGGCUACAGCCCUCCAAGGCUACAGACCUCCAAGGCUACAGCCCUCCAAGACUACAGACCUCCAAGGCUACAGCCCUCCAAGGCUACAGCCCUCCAAGGCUACAGCCCUCCAAGGCUACAGCCCUCCAAGGCUACAGACCUCCAAGGCUACAGCCCUCCAAGACUACAGACCUCCAAGGCUACAGCCCUCCAAGACUACAGCCCUCCAAGACUACAGCCCUCCAAGGCUACAAGUACCAAACCCUUGAAGACCUCAGACAUGGAACACUUUAA